UUUGAACGUCAUGGAACUAGAGGGUUUAGAGAAAAAUGGCACGAACGUUACUGUCGAGAGAUAUAUUAGUCCGAUGUACAAUCUUUCGCAAGAGGAUAGCAACUGGAUCGUCACGAGCUCCUUCAUGAUUUUCACGAUGCAAACAGGUUUCGGAAUGCUGGAGUCCGGGUGUGUGUCGGUGAAAAACGAGGUCAAUAUCAUGAUGAAGAACGUGGUCGAUAUUGUUCUCGGCGGUCUGACUUACUGGAUGUUCGGAUUCGGAUUCAGCUUCGGCUUGGACAAGCCCAACAACCCUCUGGUCGGUAUGGGAGGUAUAUUCGUGGACCCUCCCGUCGACGACGAGUACAUGGGCGCCAUUUGCGCCGCGUUUCUAUUUCAAUUGAGCUUCGCCACCACUUCGACGACCAUCGUCAGCGGCGCAAUGGCGGAACGAUGUAACUUCAAGGCGUACUGCGUCUUCUCGUUUCUCAACACUAUCGUGUACUGCUUGCCAGCCGGAUGGGUGUGGGGCGAUCACGGUUUCCUGAACCGCAUGGGGGCCGUUGAUAUCGCGGGCUCGGGCACGGUGCACCUCGUCGGCGGUAUUUCAGCUCUGGCCUGCGCCAUCAUGCUCGGUCCUAGAAUAGGCAGAUACGACAACGGCAUCGAUCCCCUGCCGCUCGGAUCACCGGUCAAUGCUAUUAUGGGGCUGUUUGUGCUGUGGUGGGGCUGGUUGGCGUUCAACAGCGGUAGCACCGGUGGGGUAACCGGUGAGCGAUGGGCGUACGCCGCUCGUGCGGCUGUUGCCACGAUGAUAGCCAGCAUGGGGGGCGGCUUGGUCGGUCUGGGAUUCAGUUUAACUAAUCCAAAUGGGAUUGACAUCCUCAGCCAGAUAAACGGUGUUCUUGGAGCACUGGUGGCAGUUACCGGUGGCUGUUUCCUCUACAGAGGCUGGGAAGCGAUGAUAGUCGGGAUGGUAGGCGGCUUUAUCACGUGUAUCGCAAUGCCAGCGUUAGACAAACUUCACAUAGACGAUCCCGUCGGUGCAGCCGCCACUCACGGCGCAAGUGGUAUCUGGGGCGUGGUCGCCAUCGGUUUAUUCGCUGAUGAUCCAUAUCCGCUCGAUACCACAGGUGGAAGGAAGGGCUUGUUCAAGGGAGGCGGCUGGUAUCUAUUAGGAGUACAAAGCUUAUCAGCACUUUGCUUGACGGUUUGGAGUUUUCUCAGCUCUAUCAUACUGCUAUGGAUAAUAAAUAAGAUAAUACCGAUUAGAAUGUCAGUCUAUGAAGAAGUGCUCGGAGCUGAUCUCGUGGAGCACAGAAUACGUCAUUCGUCGAUAGGCGUGAGUCGUGCCAUGUCGGCGCUUCGGCCGUUCACCAUGGAGAAGGAACUGAGGAACGUACCGCCCGUAGGGAUGAAUCCUGGUCACGAUUCAUACCUUGCUCAGCACAAAAGAAAGAAAGAGCUGGCGGGUCUCGCCAAGUUUGAGAAACGACAGUCGUCGAAGAAUCUGGUGGCGAGGAAUUCCCGGAUCAGGACGAUCGCGGACUCCUCCGCGAUAACCGCGGAAGCGAAGCCGCAGUUCGCUUGGAUAGAUUAGAUC